GAAAAGCCAUAUAAGUGUGACACCUGCCAACAGUAUUUUUCCAGAACGGACCGGUUGCUGAAGCACAAGCGGACGUGUGGAGAUGCCAUUAAAAUGGGUGUGGAUGGAGCAGAGCACGAGUUGGGCUCAGCAGGCGACGGAGAACACGGCAGCUACGGAAUCUCUCAGGGAAAUGCAGCUAUGCCCAGCCGCAAACGGGGCAAGACAAAAAAUGCUGGUGAGGGGGGUGACCAAAAACGUAAAAAGUCAUCCGGGUCUAUGGGUGCGAUGCAUAGUCAGGGGGCGGAUGGUUACGGGGUGCAUGACUUUGGGGUAUCAACAACUUCAUCUUCAGUCCAGCCGGGCCCCAGCAUGCACGGUGAACACGGCCGGGCUCCCAAGAUGGCCUUUAAGAAGGGGAACAGGAAGUCCCUAGAGAAGAAUACUCACCCCAUGGAUCAAUCCAAGCCAGGAGGCAUGGAGUUGCCUGCAGGAGGAGGCUUGGACAGCCUCGGGCUUCUUCCAGGUCCAGGGGCCAAAGUUUGUCCCAACAGCAGUAACUAUGAUGAUGCCAUGCAGUUUCUGAAGAAGAGGCGAUACCUCCAUGUGCCGAACAAUGGGGGCGCUGCUUCUGGAGCUUCAGACUACGAUGUAGGCGUCAGUCACCUGCAGUCGCAGCCGACGGUCAUCCAGGGUGUCGUUUCUGGGGUCCUAGAUGGCGACGCCGCACUGGGCCUCCUGGACUCGUCCCCUCUGGGAGAUAUAAAGCAGGACAAGUCUGGUAUCCCAGAUGAGGUUCUCCAGAGCUUGUUGGACCACUACGCUCACAAGCCUGACGUGAACUUCGACAUCACCGAUCCCCAUCACGUCGAGCUCCAGCCAGCCGCCACAGAUGCUGCAGACCCGCUGGGAACCGAGGGUGCCCCGUCGAGUCCCAAAGCCGUAAUCAUGCAUGAGUACUCACGUUUUCUCCUACAGGCACUAGAGAGGACCAGUCACAGCGCAAGCUUCCCGUUGGGUUCCAGUCCUGGUUCUGCCGUGACUACCACGGGACCAUUUACAGGCCCUAGCCCGCUUUUGUCAGACAAGCAUGUGUAUACU